GAAGAGUGGAGAAAGUAUCGUGAUUGUUCUCAUUCAAGACAAGAAUUCAAACACAAUGACAUCUCUAAAGUUUGUCUUCUAUCUGACAUGUCUGUUCUUGGGGAAAAUGGCUCAGAUGACUGGUCUGGAAUUGUCCUCAGCUGUGCAUCAAAAGAGACGUUUUAUAUCAGCUAAUGUUGGAGACAGUGUGACUUUACGAUGUUUCUAUGGAGGUGAUGAUUCAGCAUGGCUCUUCUGGUAUAAGCAAACUCCCGGCCAGAAGCCAAGGCUCAUUUCUACUUUUUAUGUGUAUGAUGUAAGAACAACUUUUUAUCAUGGAUUCAAGAACAGUCCACGGUUCACUCUGGAUACUGAAAAUGGUUCACAUCACUUGAUGAUUUCUAAUUUGCACCUUUCAGAUUCAGCCACUUACUACUGUGCAUAUAGCUACACAUUUGUCUUGAAGUUUGCAGAAGGUGUUAUUGUCAGUGUAAAGGACUCAAGUUUCAAUACUCAGCCAUGGGUCCAUCAGUCAGAAUCUGAGACCAUCCAGCCAGGAGGCUCUGUGACUCUCAACUGUAUAGUACACACUGAGACCUGUGAUGGAGAACACAGUGUUUACUGGUUCAAAAGCUCUGAAGAAUCUCAUCCAGGACUCAUUUACACCCAUGGAGACAGGAAUGAUCAGUGUGAGAGGAAACACAACUCACAAACCUGUGUCUACAACUUGCCAAUGAAGAAUCUGAAUCUUUCUCAUGCUGGGACUUACUACUGUGCUGUUGCCUCAUGUGGACAAAUAUUGUAUGGAAAUGGGACCAAACUGGACUUCAAGCAUGAGGUGAACUCUUCCAACUCUCAUGUGUAUUUCCUGAGUGGAGCUCUGACAUUCACCACCAUCCUGACUGUUUUACUGGCUCUCUCAGUGUAUAAGAUAAACAAAAGAAAUAACUGCCAAUGUACAGGACCAGAGUGUCAAGUAAGAUCAUCAGCUCCCUCCACAGCAAAUCCAGAGGGACACAGAGAUGCAGACAACAUCCAUUAUGCUGCCUUAAAUGUUAACCGGCCCAACAGAUCACGAAGACAGAGGAACAACACCAACACUGAAUGUGUUUACUCAAGCUUAAAGCAGUAAAAAAUGGACAUGUUAUAUUAUAUUUUUUGAAUAAACUUGGCUUUUGUUGUA